AUGCAGCCUGCCCCGCCCAUGAUAGAGAACCGGACUCGGGCAAAGGCAUCGUCAGAAAGGGUCAUCACCUGGGAGCUCAAUCGGGAGAUAUCUGCUAAGGACGAACUGGAUCAUGCUCGGAAAGGCCUCGCACACCAGCUGCAGCUCCAGCGCAAGAUCAUAUCAUUACAGGAUUCUAGUUCAGCCGGGCAGACAGGGCCCGAAGAUCUGAGAGCGAGCCUUGCUGAGCUUCGGCAUCAUGUCGAAGGUGUGAAAGCUUUCUUCGCCGGCUUGACGAACCCAAUGUUGUACAAUGAGCACAUCAGCUGGUCUCAGCGUACCGAUGAGUCCGCUGCUCACGAGGUUUUCGGUAUGCCCGAGAUGCUCGAGAUGAUCCUGGAAUACUUGAGCAUACGAGACAUCUUCGCCUUCCAGCAGACCACUUCUCAAGCCAAAACCAUGGUUACUGGCUCACCGAGACUCCAAUCACUACUAUUCCUGCGACCCGAUCCAGUAGAAGCUCCUUUUCGUCAGCCGCCGCUUGACGCCUUGGCUGGGCUUGAGCUUUGUCGGCCUUGUCCGCGUGUCGAUCCAACGGAAGUCCGUGUUGUUGUUUUGUAUCAGAAGACAAGACCGAAGCUCGGAGAGAAUUACAGAAGGAUGUUAGUUGCACAGCCUCCAGUGCACGAUAUGGACCUGACCAUCUCAUGCUGUAAUGGUAACGGAGGUCGACAGCGUAAUGUGACGAUUGGCAUCCACUGCGAUACUGGGUUCCGUUUCGGCAAUCUUCUGGAUCUUGCCGUACAGAAGCAGAUGGAACACCGACACUGUCCUUUCGCCGAACUAGACCUGCACGAUGAGGACGGAUUCGUCAGACCAGACGUGACAUUUGUCGGCCAUGCGUCGCGAUUGCCUCUCGUGACCGCUCUUGUCGCUGGAGCUUCGAGCCCGUGGUUUCGGGACGUUCUCGUGCCAGGGCCAACUACUGAUGAUUUCCAACAAGAGCUGCAUCAAUACAUCUUACACAAGCAACAGAGUGAGUCACUUCGCGUGGUUCCAGGCUGGAUAUCCCCAGUACUAAUGUACGCGUAG